AUGUUUAUUUUAGACCUCAUGAAAGAAAAACUUCAAAGGUAACUAUAUUUCUCAUUUAAAUGGACCUAUUCCCUAAUGAACAGCGUUUUGAUCUAGACAAAAAUUUCAUCACAGCUUGAAAGAGCAUCACAAAAUUAGUAAUAUUCCGAAGUUUUGUUGCGAAAUGUUGUAAAAUGCGGAUAAUAUAGACGAAGUUUGCCAUUUUUCAGUCAUUUUGUAACGCGCGGGAAAUUGAUACUUUUUCACGAAAAACGGCAAACUUCGCAAGGCUAUAUUAUCCGCAUUUUACAACAUUUCGCAACGAAACUUUGGAAUAUUACUAAUUUUGUGAUGCUCUUUCAAGCUGUGAUGAAAUUUUUGUCUAGACUUGUCUAGAUCAAACUUUCGUUCAUUAGGGAAUAGGUCCAUUUGGUGGAUUCCUGGCAAGUUCCAGGAGUUUAGAGCCCCCCCCCCCCCAAUAUUUUGUGGGCCGGAAUAGCAGUUUAAUUUGAAACACUGCUUGAACUAGCACCUAAAAAUUAUAUAUGUACAAGAUGAAGGUCUGUACCUUCAUCUUGUAUAUAUUAAUUUACUUCAGUAAGAUACUGACUCUACACGUAUAUAAUUGUUUCCGAGCAGGACAGGAAUUUCAGCGGAUAUCAGAACAAAGAUCGAAAGUCAUGAUAGCGAUGUAUUUCAAGGCAUGGCUCAAAGAGAAUUCAAGAAACUUACACCUGAUAUUAUCGCUGCUGCUGGGGUAUGUAUAGAAUGCGAUGUGACGAGCUAGUAAAGACUUGGUUACCGGUGCCUAGCAUGUUAAAAUUAAACUUGGAGACGCUGUUAUCACUUUUUAUGCUAUUUGAAAACGGUGUUUUGCCAUUUGAAAACGGUGUUUUGCCAUUUGAAAGUGGAGUUUUGCCAUUUGAAAAGGGAGUUUUGCCAUUUGAAAAGGGAGUUUUGCCAUUUGAAAACGGUGUUUUUCUAUUUGAAAACGGUGUUUUGCCAUUUGAAAAGGGAGUUUGGGCAUAAUUUGCAAUGGACUUUCAUUACCAAACUUGUGUAUAGUAUACAAAUAUAUUUGGGAAAUAGUAAAGACUAAAAGUCUAUUACAUUUUAGGAAGAUGCGAUCAAAAAUCUGCAGCUCGACCAAAUAUCAAUGAUGACGGAGAAAUUGUACCAAGGAGAUGAAAAAAACUUGAUGAGGAUUUUUGGUUCAAUAAAAGAAGAUCAACUGAAUGUCGCAAUUGACAAAAUAUCGGUAAGCUCGUUCAGGGAACCUAAACUAAGUUAUUUAUACUGGAUAUCUCUAUCAGUUCUAAACUGUUCUUUCUAGAAGUUCAGUAAGGGCAUCUCUUAUUGAUCCAGUGUUACUACAGGAGGAAACCUAAACUAACUUAUUUGGAUAGCUUCGUCAGUUGUCCAAAUAAGUUAGUUUAGGUUUCCUCCUGUAGUAACACUGGAUCAAUUAGAGAUGACCCUUACUGAACUUCUAGAAGGAACAGUUUAGAACUGAUAAAGCUAUCUUUUCCCUAGACUGCUAGAGGUCCUAAUAUUCUUGUUAAUAAUAAAAAAUAAUUUAACGAGGGAAAACUUUAUUUAUACUGGAUAUAUCUAUCAGUUCUUUAGAUUUUGGACCCUAUACUAUAGAGGUCUAGAAAGAGUCAUGCUUCUUUUAUCGAGUUUUACUCUAGCGGAGUACCCAACGAAAACCUGCGCGGUGUUCGGCAGGGUCAAAAUAGCAGCCGUUCCGCACGUUGUAACCAAUAAUUUAUUGGCGUUGUAAUGCCAUUGUAUGCAAUAAAGUAUUGGUUACAAUGGAUUUACAAUUAAUCCAAACGCUAAUCCUAACUCAAACCCUAACCCUAACCCUAAUCCUAACCCCUAACCCUAACCCCACCUUCUAACCCCUAACCCCUAACCCCACCUGCUAACCCCGCAUCCUAACCGCAAACCCUAACCCCGGCCAGCUGCCCCUCCGGGGAAUUACCUUACCGCCUCCCCUCCAUCCACCAAGCAAAGCCAAUUACACUUAUAACUAAAACCUUUGUGCAGUGGUUGUGGUUUUGUUUUCAAUUACAACCCAAUACUUUAUUGCAUACAAUGGCAUUACAACGCCAAUAAACUAUUGGUUACAACGUGCGGAACGGGUGAAAAUAGAAGCAUUAACAAGCUUUCGUUGGUAGGAAUGAAACUACCUGAAAAGUAUAAGGAGAAUUUCGACGUUUCGAGCGAAUGCUCUUCGUCUGGAGUUACUAUAUUAUAGUUAAGUGCCUUCGCUCAAAACAUCGAAAUUCUCCUUAUACUUUUCAGGUAGUUUCAUCCUUACCAACGAAAGCUUGUUUAUAUUGUUGACAUUACCUACACUGGCAUUGACAGUUCAAUAUCAAAAUAGAAGCACUCUUUUAGUUUUACGAAUUACGUAUAUGGAUGAGAUGAAGCGGAAAUAUUAAUGUGAGACAACUGCAUAUUUCCUGGAAUCGAAAGUGUACCUCUUCGCCUCAUUUAUACGCGAGAAGAGUGCUUCCAGUUCAAACAUCACAAAUUUUCCCCGUCUGCUUUUCAACCGUUCAACGGUAUCAUAAACGUUAGUUUAUACUUACAUUAUCUCCAUGCAAUUUCUCUUAAUAUCUAGGAAAUGGCGAACAGAAGUGCUGAACAAGCUCAUUUGAAUUGCGUGCAAUUCGAACCUGUGACUCUGGCAAUGAAAAGAGUGUAUGGCAACCCUCGUACAUGGAACAAACGGAUGUUUGAUAAAAUGGGCAAGGAAUUCGUGCAGUGUCUUCCUCCUGACGAUCUCAUGAAUGUCGCGAGAAAUAAAGAUGUCUUCAGAUCGAUGUAAGUGUCAAUUAGUCAAUUUGCAAGUUAUUGUCAGACUAAUUUUUUAUCUAGGCAAAAAAAAGUAAAUUCCCGAAAAGAACUUAUUAAAACUAUGUGUGCGUGUUAUGUGCUCAGGUGAAUAAGAUGUUUGUGAUGUUACUCUGAGUGUAUAUCCACACCGGGCAUGCUUGAAAAAUAUGCCUGGCCACGGUGGGAAUCAAACCUGGGCUAGUAUUCCAAAGUUCGUAGGUUUGAUUCCCACCGUGGCCAGACAUAUUUUUCAAGCAUGCCCGCUGUGGAUAUACACUCAGAGUAACAUAAAAUUUUAAAAUUAGUAAAAUUGCAAAAUUUGGUUACGAAAUGUUGUAAAAUACGGAAAAUAUAGCCUUGCGAAGUUUGCAUAUUUUGUAUAUGUUUCUAUUACGUGCGGAAAUUGUUACCAUUUUUUAGCCGAAAAUAUAUAGUAACAAUUUCCGCACGUAAUACAAACAUAUACAAAAUUUGCAAACUUUGCAAGGCUAUAUUUUCCAAGCUUUACAACAUUUCGCAACCAAAUUUUGCAAUUUUACUAAUUUCAUUAUGUUCGUUUUAGCUGUGGUGUUUGAUUCCCUUCUCUUUACUUAGAUUAAAAUUCAGUCUAACAUGCAAGUUGUCCAUUAGAGUGCCAAAGUUUUAUGAAAAUAUUAACUGCCGCGCGCUACCUGACUGUAUAGGCUGGAUAAUAUGAAUGACAAAAGGCAAGACAGACACAAGGCGAGCAAGUUCGACAAGAGAUCAUUACUGGCUGCAGCCACGACGGCAUUUGGUGAUGUCAAGAAUUGGCGAUCGGAUGACUUGAAAAGCGCGAGAUCUCUAGUCACGAUGCUGAAACCAAAAGACCUCAAACAACUUAACACCAGUGUGGUAAGUAGCAUGCCUGUAGACUUUAUCUGUGUUGUAGUGCAGUUGUCAGCCAGUAACGCCAGGUUUAGAAAGUUAGGUCAACUGCCUUCACACAAUUUUUAAUGUUGGCCUGUAUGAGUCCCGUUCUAAUUUUUGAACAUUAAUUUUUAACUUUUGAAUUUUGAAGAUUUUUACUGGACCUCUGGGGAGAACAGUUUAGAACUGAUAGAGCUAUCCAGUAUAAAUAACGUUAGUUUAGUUUAGGUUUCCUCCUGUGGUAACACUGGAUCAAUAAGAGAUGACACUUACUGGACCCCUAGGAAGAACAGUUUAGAACUGAUAGAGCUAUCCAGUAUAAAUCAAUUGUUGAAGAUAGCACUCUGACGUCAUUUACCAUCCUUUAUUCUCAACAGAUAAAGGAAGCCUUGGAUAACCUCGGCCAAGAAAAAUGGGAUGAAAAACGUGGAAAGGAACUGGUUAAUAAACUAAAGGAUGCAGCAAGUGGCUUUGGAGCGAUCAAUACCUGGACUGCUGAUACAGUUAAAAAGUAAGUGAUAAUUGUAGAGCAAAGAAGGCGCAGGAGUCCCCUCAUUGACUAUCAAGAAAUGUUUGACCAGCUCCAAGCUGAUGUGAGAGUGAAACGAUUAGCAAAUUUUGUUUGAAAACUCCAGGCUUGGUAAUUUACGAUCUUCUUUGUCGAAGCAAGAACUUGAUGAACUUCCCGAUGACACUCUGCGAGAUUCUGUGAGAGAAUUUGGUCGGACUGUUUUACCUCCAUACAAGGUUUGUAUGAAUGUAGAAAAGAAGGGAAGGGAUGGGAAGGAAAGGGAAGAUAUAAGAAAAGAAAAGAAAAGAAAAGAAAAGUUGAAUGACUGGAUAGAAGAAAUAAAGAUCGAAGGAAAGGUGGAUGGAAUGAAGGAAUGAAAGGAAAGAUCAUUAAGAAAGGAAGAAAGUAAAGAAUAAGAGUGGAAAGAGAACAGUCAAUAGCAAGAAAUACAAUUUAUUCGAACCGUGCUCCAUUGACCGCCUGAUCAACUGACACCAACAGUGAACAGUCUAACUUUGACUUCAGAAACGAGCUCUGGGUAAACGUCUUAAAACAUUAUACGGUCAUCCAAGGCAGUGGACACGAGAUCAUAUACAGAAUGCUAGUAAUCUGCUGGGAGGGAUCGAGACGACAGAAUUGCUGGAGAUUGAUGGCGAUGCUCUCCUCGAAGCAUUGCCUGAAGUGAAAGAUAUGAAACUUCCCAAACAUAAAGGACGCAUUUUGGCGAAGAAGAUUCAGCAGAAAAUGGGAGAUCUACAGAAUUGGGAUAUGAGGUAUGUUAAUUCUUGGAUUUUGGAUUAUAAUUAAUGGUAUCUGUAGUAUUUCACAUAUCCCGUAACUGUCAGAUGCUUACAUCAUCACCACCUUCCAUACAUUGUCACUACCAUCAUUACCAUCACCAUCAUUACCAUCAUCAUCACCUUCCAGCACCAUCAUUAAUAUUGUUACGACCAUCAUUAUCAUCACCAUCACCUCCCAGCACCAUCAUUAACAUUGUCACUACCAUCAUUACCAUCACCAUCAUCAUCACCACCUUCCAGCACCAUUAUUAAUAUUGUUACUGCCAUCAUUAUCAUCAUCAUCAUCACCAUCAUCAUCACCUUCAAGUACCAUCCUUAACAUUAUCACUACCAUCACUAUCAUCACCAUUAUCAUCACCUUCCAGCACCAUCACUAACAUGGUCACUACCAUCACCAUCACCACACCACCAUCAUCAUCACCACCAUCAACAAAGUUUGCUGCUUCUCACCUAAUAUUCUACCACCUCCUCCUUAGUUCGGUAAAAAAGAUGGGGCCACUAAUGAGAGACUUGCCGUCAUCCAUGUUGAAAAGGUUAAAGCCUGACGAAGCCAGAGAAGCUGUCAAAAUGCUAAGAAAUGAAGUGGACGUUCCCAAGUCCAAGAAACGCGUGCUCAUAAAACAGGUUUGAAGUCCAGUUUAGUUUCAUGAAUUUUACUUCUCGGAGGGUUUUUUCACUCACAACUAAAUGAUGAUUGCACAAUGUAACACCUCUGUGCAUGACCGGAGUUUAGAAUAAUGGUUUGCAGUUCAACUCUGAGUAACAUCGCAGGCUUUAGACAUAAGGUUUUAGACUUAGGCAUAAGGAUGCCUGUAUUCUGAAAGCUCACUCACACUCAAUGAGUGGAGGUUCAAUCUGAGCUUCUCUUGAGUGUCAGUGCUGUUUUUGAAUAGCUGGAGGGUGAGUAUUCACAUAGUUAGGUACGACACUAACCCUCCAGCUAUUCAAAAACAGCAUUGACACUCAAGAGAAGCUCAAAUUGAACCUCCACUCAUUGAGUGUGAGUGAGCUUUUAGAAUACACGCGUUAAUGUUCCUUACUGGACAGUUUAGAACUGAUGGAGCUAUCCAGUAUAAAUAAAGUUAGUUUAGUUGAUUAAGUAAACUGUGCAAUAUUGAGUAUGUUUACGUUUUAGUUAAUGAGCGGUGGAAAUCAAUCCAGGCUUCGCAUUAAAGAAUUUGGUGAUUUUGUCUCGGAAUUUCCUAUCAGAGAAUUGAAGAAUAUCGAUAGCGUUGAUGAUAUCCUACCUGUUGAUGUCUUCGAUAACUCCAGCGAUAGUAGCAAUGUCACCGACGCGGGCAUGCCCCAAUGGCGGGCUGUGCAGGCUAGAGCUGUGCUUGGUGACGUCAUCAUGAAGCCAGAGAACUGGGGACCAGUGUCGGACUCGUCUGAAAACUGGGAACUGAAAAAUAUCAAGUAAGAACGAUCUCGUUGUUUUAAAACUAUUACCGGUUUAGAUAUAUAUGUUACUACUAUACAAUAGACAAUUUCCAUGCAAUAGACUUAUUUUACAACUAGGGAAGGAGAUGCAAAUAAAUCACCACAGCUAGAAAGAGCAUACUAAAAUGAGUAAAAUUGCAAAAUUUAGUUGCGAAAUGUUGUAAAAUAUAGCCUUGCAAAGUUUUCAAAUUUUGUACACUUUUGUAUUGCGUGCGGAAUUUCCUACCAUUUUCGGCCCAAAUGUGGUAGCAAUUUUAUACAAAAUUUGCAAAUUUUGCAAGGCUAUAUUUUCCGAAUUUUACAACAUUUUCCAACCAAACUUUGCAAUUUUACUCGUUUUAAUAUGCUCUUUCCAGAUCUUUCUAGAUUUAUUUGCAUCCACUUGGCCCUUGCCUAGUUUUAAAAUUAGUCUAUAAUGGGAAUUGUCUACUAAGCCCGUACCUAAUGUGACAUAGAAAGAGAAUGAAUUUUUUAUAUUUUCAGAAAACUUGGACGUCUGGCACUGGGGUUAAAAAGAUCAGAUAUUGAUAAGCUGAGUAUUGAUUCCUUCACUGACUUUGUUGCGGAAUUCAGUCAGAUUUCGAACUGGACUCUUAGUCAGGUAUGUAUAUAGGUCAGACUCAACACAAAAUAAUACCCAUGCAGUAUAAAUGAAUAAAGGUCAGUUUAGGUUUCCGUUCCUGUAGUAAUACUGGACCGGUAUUCGAUGGCCUUUACUUGACAGUUUAGAGAAAUGAUAGAGCUAUCUACUAGUUUGUUCUUUCAGACGAUGGCCAAGAGAUUCCUUCAGGCCUAAAAUCCAGGAUGCCUAUUACUUGACGUCUAGGAAGAACAGUUCCGAACUGAUAAACCUAUUCAGUACUGUUCUAUCUAUAUUUCUAACCCAUGCAACUCUAUAAAGGCCCAUUUCCACUCAGGAAAAUUUUCCGCGCGACACAAAUUUUCCGUCGGAAAAUAUUUUGAAGUUGAGAAUUUUCAACUUUUAACAAUGAUAUUUUCGGAACAUUUUCUGUCCGUGGAAAUUUUCCUUGUGGUGGAAAUGGGCCUCAACUGUGUCAUGCUAAAACUGCAGGCAAGACUUUUCUUUAGAAAAGACUUUCCUCUAGACUUUUCUUUAGACUUUUCUUAAGAGUUUUCUUUAUGCUUAAGGCCCAUUUCCACUCAAGAAUAAUUUCCACUGACAGAAAAUUUUCCGAAAAUAUCAUUGUUAAAAGUUGAAAAUUUUCAAAAUUUUCAACUUCAAAAAUUUUUCCGGUGGAAAACUUGUGUCGGCCAAUCACAUUUUACAAAAUUUUCUUUCUGCGGAAAAUUUUUCUGAGUGGAAAUGGGCCUUAAUAUUGGAAACGGCUCCUAUUUGGCCUCUGGGGGCAACAGUAAAACCAGUGACUGAUAGAGCUAUGCAGUAUAUAAAUAUUAUAAAUUUAGUUUUCCUCAUUGAAUUCAACUGUAAUUCUCUAAUAUCGUUCUAGGCGAAGACCAUAGCGAAGAGAUUCUUCCAGGGGUACUCGGGUCGAGAGGCAGACAUGACCGUCACAGACAUGUCAUCACUUGGUGACUUCGUGAUUCACAUCAUUGAUGAGCUACAUGCUGGCCUACCAACAGAAACUGCGAGAGAGGCAGUGAGGAUCAUGGGAACUAGCCGACUAUCGCGAAAAUUACCGAAACAAGGAAGGCGAAGAAAAACUAAAAUUGCUCUAACUAUUUUGGUAGGAACUGUUCCUUUAUCAUAUUUCAUAUUUCAUAAAUAAUAUUCGAUCCCAUAGCUGUGUCCGCGAUAUACCAACAACAUUCUUAGAAAGCCCUCCGCAAUUUUUAUGCGAAAAGCAAUAGGUAAUCUACUGUGCAGGUUAGUGUCUGAACUACCUCAAAAUUAGUUCAACACCACGGAAGUUCUUUACAGGAUGCCCCAUAUACUGGACACUAGCGUUUGAACUAUGCUAAGAACAAAUUUUCAAGUAACUUUAUCAAAUUCCAAAUUUACGACUCAAGAAUAAAUUAUGUGGAUAGCCGUACAGUUCAUAAUGCAAUACCCGUAUUCCUGUCUGGACUAAGCGGUAAAAAUCAACAAGCUUAUUCCUAGCGCCGAGUCAGUUUGCUACUUGUCUGAGUUCCAUAUUCGGUAUCCUAAUAAUUUCUCCUUGUUGUAUUAAAGGGUAAAGAAGCGUCUACUAUCAACAGCGAUGAGCUGGAAGAGCUUGGUUACUUAGUCAGCGGACUUACAUCAGAAGAGAUAGGACAGAUAAGUUCUAGUGUUUUCACUGAUGCCAUGGCAACACUGGGCGAUAUAGAUGAACUGGAUAAUGAAACAACUGCUGCACUUGCAAAUAAAGCUGUGGAAGCUUAUGGGUAAGUCAGUAAGUCUUGUUGUUCUAGUGUUGCUACAGGAGGAAGCCUAAACUAAACUAACUUUAUUUAUAAUGGAUACAUCUAUCAGUUCUAAACUGUUCCUCUAGAAGUCCAGUAAGGAUAAUUUCUUAUUGAUCCAGUGUUACUACAGGAGGAAACCUAAACUAAACUAACUUUAUUUAUAUUGGAUAGCUCUAUCAGUUCUAAACUGCUCUUCCUAGAGGUCCAGUAAGGAUCAUCUCUUAUUGAUCCAGUGUCACUACAGGAGGAAACCUAAACUAAACUAACUUUAUUUAUACUGGAUAGCUCUAUCAGUUCUAAACUGUUCUUCCUAGAGGUCCAGUAAGGAUCAUCUCUUGUUGAUCCAGUAUUACUACAGGAGGAAACCUAAACUAAACUAACUUUAUUUAUACUGGACAGCUCUAACAGUUUGACAUUUACUCUUUUACACAGCGGUGCAGCUUCAUUCGACGGGGAAAUACUUCAUGAUUUGGGACAUAUAGUAGAAGGCCUAGACAGCACUGACAUUGCAGAAAUCCCAACAAAUGUGGUCCAAGAAAACAUUCAUGUGUUUGCGGAGGCCGAUCUACAAGCUGAGGAGGCUGUGGCCGUUGUGGAGAAAACUGAAUCUGCCAGACGAAAACGACGUGCCGUAGGUAUGCCAGAGUGAAGGAUGAAUUAUUGGCGUGUCCACGCCCCUCCCCCCCCCCUCUCCGGCAGAAUCUGGGCAAAUAUACCGAAAUACGUUAUUUGAAGGGCCAAGUAUAUGAAAUUAUGAAAUCUAUUUCUCAUGCAUUCAUACAUACCAUUUUAGAUAUGUCCUCAAAGACCGCCGCAGAUCUGAUAGCAAUGGGUUCCACUCUACUCGCUUUGACUCCCAGUGAAAUUCUCACAAUAACCAACGAGACGUUCUUAGAUGCAGUGGCUGAAAUAAGCGAGAUGCAAGGAUUUAGUACGGAGCAACUACAAGCUUGGGCCAGCAAGGCGGCUUUGGUGAGUAUAGUAUUGACGCUUCAAUACUGAACCUCUAGGGAGAACAGUUUAGAACUGAUAGAGCUACCCAGUAUAAAUAAAGUUAGUUUAGUUUACGUUUCCUCCUGUAGUAACACUGCAUCAAUAAGAGAUGACUCUUACUGGACCUCUAGGGGGAACAAUUUAAAACUGAUAGAACUACUCAGUAUAAAUAAAGUUAGUUUAGUUUACGUUUCCUCCUGUAGUAACACUGCAUCAAUAAGAGAUGACUCUUACUGGACCUCUAGGGGGAACAGUUUAGAACCGAUAGAACUAUCCGGUAUAAGUUAGUUUAGUUCAGGUUUCCUCCUGUAGUGACACUUGAUCAACAAAUUAAAGAUGAUCCUUACUGGACCUCUAGAAAAAACAGUUUAAAACGCUAUUCACCGGAUAUAGUGAUUUUCGAGCUUCAUAAAAUUGUUCGUUGAUUGGCAUAACCAUUAUUUAUUUAUAAAAUAAAUUCUAUUUUCAUUGAUUGUGAGGUCCAUGUACAGAAGUUUUAUAGCUUUUCAAACAUAUCACAAAAGUUGCAAAAUCACUGUCCGCGGUGGAUAUUCGUUAUGGUAUAACAGGCCCCUGGGUUAGAGAAACCCAUAGUAGUUUCGUAGUGUAUAUUAAUAUAGGGUUAUAUAUUUACAUAAUUCUGUAGGCUAUGGGAGCCCCAGCUUUAAUGACGGAAGACCAGCUAUUAACGCUAAAUGAAUUCGCGAAAGGCUUCACAGCAGACGAGCUUAGUCAAAUGUCGUUCACAUCCAACGAAGUGAUAGAGAGUUUUGGUAAUGUCCGCGGGUACACAUCGCAGCAAGUCGCCAAACUUUGGGAGACAAUAAAGGGUGUAAAGUCUAUGGCGGCGUUUACUGGAGAUGAUUUCGCUGCGUUGGGCGUGAUUGCAAGUGGAAUGAGUACCACGGAGUUGAAUGGCAUAGAUGUCGUUGCUUAUCAGUAAGUAUCUUAUAUAGUGGGCGUGGACCUCUAUGGAGAACACUUUAAAACUGAUAGAACUAUCCAGUAUAAAUAAAGUUAGUUUACUGUUUAGGUUUCCUCCUGUAGUAACACUGGAUCAACAAGAGAUAUCCUUACUGGACCUCUAGGAAGAACAAUUUAGAACUGAUAGAACUAUCCAGUAUAAAUAAAGUUAGUUUAGUUUAGCUUUCCUCCUGUAGUAACACUGGAUCAAUAAGAGAUGAACCUUACUGGACCUCUAGGAAGAACAGUUUAGAACUGAUAGAGCUAUCCAGUAUAAAUAAAGUUAGUUUAGUUCAGCUUUCCUCCUGUAGUAACACUGGAUCAAUAAGAGAUGAACCUUACUGGACCUCUAGGAAGAACAGUUUAGAACUGAUAGAGCUAUUCAGCAUAAGUAAAGUUAGUUUAGUGUUGGUUUCCACCUGUAGUAACACUGAAUCAAUAAGAGAUGACCUUUACUUGGACCUCUAGGAAGAACAGUUUAGAACUGAUAGAGUUAUCCAGUAUGAAUAAAGUUAGUUUAUAGUUUGGGUUUCCACCUGUAGUGGCACUGGAUCAAUAAGAGAUGAUCCUUAUACUGAACCUCUAGGGAAAACAGUUUAGAACUGAUAGAGCUAUCCAGUAUAAAUAAAGUUAGUUUAGUUCAGCUUUCCUCCUGUAGUAACACUGGAUCAAUAAGAGAUGAACCUUACUGGACCUCUAGGAAGAACAGUUUAGAACUGAUAGAGCUAUUCAGCAUAAAUAAAGUUAGUUUAGUGUUGGUUUCCACCUGUAGUAACACUGAAUCAAUAAGAGAUGACCUUUACUUGGACCUCUAGGAAGAACAGUUUAGAACUGAUAGAGCUAUCCAGUAUGAAUAAAGUUAGUUUAGUUUAGGUUUCCUCCUGUAGUAACACUGGAUCAAUAAGAGAUGAUCCUUACUGGACCUGUAGAAAGAAAAGUUUAAAACUGAUACAGCAGUCCAGUAUAAAUAAAGUUAAUUUAGGUUUACUCUUGAGGUCUGAUAGGACUAUAGUAUUUAAGUCGAUUUUAUUUGGACUGAGGAUGCCUCAGACGCAGAAGAGUGAAUCGUUUCUUUCUUAUUUAUUUUCAAAGGGAUGCAGCUUUGGAAUUGGGAGAGUUGGAUGAUUGGUCAACAGAACAGUUGGGAAUACUAAAAGGGAAAGCAAUCGCCUCAUUUGGUGCAGUAAAUUCCUGGACACCAGCUGAAAUAUCGCUGGCUGGUGCUGUUAUAGGUAUAUGAUCGUACUUGGAAUAGAUGAUUGCAGAUAUAGAUUAAAUUUUGAUCAAGGCAAGAAGAACAAAAUCCAUCAACACAGCUAGAAAGCGCAUGUUAAAAUUAGUAAAAUUGCAAAGUUUGGUUGCGAAAUGUUGUGAAACGAAGAAAAUAUAGCCCUACGAAAUUUGCAAAUUUUGUAUUAAUUUGUAUUACGCACGGGAAAAUGCACCACAUUUGGGCCGAAAGUGGUGCAUUUUCCCGUGCGUAUAAUACAAAUUAAUACAAAAUUUGCAAAUUUCGUAGGGUUAUAUUUUCCGCAUUUUACAACAUUUCGCACCCAAACUUUGUAAUUUUACUAAUUUUAACAUGCUCUUUCUAUAGCUGUGGUGAUGGAUUUUGUUCUUCUUGCCUAGAUCAAAAUUUAGUCUAUAGCUGAAAUCCAUUCCUAGAUGGAAUUUUCGGAUAGGAAAGCUUUAAGAACAUCUGUCCAAGGUCACAUGACUGUCAACUCUCAUGCACUCUCAUGACAUGUUGGAUUGAUCAUAUAUUUGUAGGUAGUUUCACAGCACAAGAAAUUGAAAGUAUCACCACAGACCAACUCGAUGCUUUCGCAGCCAGCUCCCUGAAACACAUUCCGCCCGAUGUUUUUAAGGAGUUUUCAGUAGAACAACUGUCUAACAUGAGUGGAGAGCAAGCGGCAGCUGUCACUGAUGAACAGAAAUCACUCCUUUCAUCAGCGCAGAAAAAUAUUCUCAUGGAAAUUGAGACUGCUACCUUGGGAUAUACUUCAGGUAAUUGAUGGAAACAAAGGAACUGCUCAUAUUAAACUAACUUUAUUUAUAUUGGAUAGCUUUAUCAUGCAGUUUUAAUCUGGAUAGCUCAUCCGUCCUAAACUGUUCUUCCUAGAGGUCCAGUAAGGGUCAUCUCUUAUUGAUUCAGUGUUACUACAGGAGGAAACCUAAACUAAACUAACUUUAUUUAUACUGGAUAGCUCUUAACUAUGCUCUAUAGGAGACAACCUUACCCAACAGAGCUCACCCGUUUUCUUUGCCAUGUUAGAAUUCAUAUCCGUUUUUCGUAUGCGUGAGGAUGCAGGAUUCUGAAAUGAAAAAGGAAUAUAUGUUAUUAUUUACAUUAAUUGAUAGGUUUGGUAAGCGUUUAUAGGACAUCAGAUUGUCUUUAAUAACUUCAGGACUGUUAACACUAAUGCAAUCGAGCACAUACAAUUAAAUAUCUCGGGCCUGCACGCGGGCUAGGUUGAUAUAGAUAAAGUACAUCUUAAUCUGAUAUCGUAUAAAUCAGUGGUCUAAAUAUACAAUACUUCAGAUAAUGAAAAGUGAACAUUUUCUCACUUUUGUGCUUUCUUGCUCAUAUGGUGAUUAAUGAAACCCAUUCUCAUUAACUAUGAACCCAUCGACUCCUGUACUACAUUAUUUCAAUUCUAUUUUCUUAGACGGCGCUGCACCAGUAUUGGGAACUUCUGGUCUACUGAUAUCCACUGUUUUGCAAAUUUGGUUUUCAAUGUUGUGAAAGAAAUUAGUUCUAUAUUGGAACUUUCAAUUCAG